AUGCCCGUCGCCGACGCCGACGCGGACGCGCUCGCGCGCCGCGUCAACCUCCUCGAGAUCCUCGCUGAGGACCACGAGAGCGUCCCGCCGCCGCCGGAUCACGCCGUCAGCGAGUGUACGCCUGUCGUCGGCCCUCCGUCUGAUCCGAUCGACGCGUCCAUCCCGCCCGUCGCCCCAACUCCCUCCAGGUCCGAGGACGACAUCGAGCGCUACUACGCCACGAACGGCGUCGAGUCGCCGCCGACGAAACCGCAAAAGUCGUCGCCGUCGUCGUCGUCGCCGACGCCGACGACGCGCGACGACCCCGCGCGCCUUCGCGCGGCGUUCCCUCCCGCGGACGACGUCGUCUUCCGACGCUGGUUCCCGGGGCUAAAACGCAGCGGCACCGAGGUGGAGGACUCGGGCGGCGGUACGACUCGUAACGCCGUCAAACUGACCGUUUUGUGCUUCGCGAACGCGGGGAACGCGGAGGAUAUGUACACGAACGAAGGGCUCAGCGCGCGGCGCGCCGCGAGCCCGCUGCUGGAGUGGUGCCGCGCGAACGACGCGGAGGUCCUCGCCGCGCAACUCCCCGGUCGAGGGACGCGGCUGAGGCGCGACUUUCUCCGGCGUUUCUCUGCGCCCACCCCUCGCUUUCAAUCCCCGCCCUCGACGCCUUUCAACUCCGCUUCUGACGCCUUUCAACUCCACCCCGACGUUCGCUCGUAUGGAACGACACUGAGGGACGAUUUCAUCGACUCCGCCGCCGCAAUCGCGAGAGCGCUUCUUCCGGUGAUCGGCUCGAGGCUGAUCGACGCGCCGUACGUCGUGAUCGGUCACAGCGUCGGGACGUGGCUCGGGCACGAGUUCGUGGAGGCGGCGAGGGAAGCGGGGCUGCCGUCGCCGCGACGCGUGUUCUUCAGUAACUUUCCCGACCCGGGGAUUCCGAAGAGAGAGCGGCCGUGGACGCCGAACCGAGGUUUGACCGAGGACGCGUUCAAAGACGAAGCGCGAACCUGGGACGUGAACGAGAUGGUCUUCACGCACCUGUGGAAGACGUACCACUCCAUCAUGCGACACGACUUCGCGUUGUUCGACGAAUACCCUGAGCCGCGAGAAGAUGAAUCGUCGCGGCGGCGGUUCGACUUCCCGAUGACGACGUUCUACGGGACGAGGGACAGGAAGGUCACGCGCGCGAUGGUCGCGAAGUGGCGCGCGUUCGCGCGAGGGAACCGCGAACGCGAUUCCGACGACGACGACGACGACGCGCCGGCGUUCGAGUGCGUAGAGAUCGAGGGGAACCACCUGUUCCCGCUCGAGCCGGGCGCGAAGACGACGUGGCUGCGUCACAUCGCGGAGAGGCUCGAUCGCGUCCUCGCGUCGUCGUCGGCGUGA